AUUUAUAGUCCCUGACUUAUAUAAUACAGCACAGUAAUAGAGGAAAAAUCUCCCCAGCAACCACUACAUCUAUAUUCUGCCUAUCUACAUGCACAUUUCAAUGCAAACAUGACCACUUAACAAGUCCCCAAACAAGCCUUAGGCGAGAUUUUACUUUAAAAGGCAACACUUAUCAUGAGGGGCCUCUAUGACAUAUUGUGCCCUAUGCUACAGCCUGUGUCUCAUCUACAACGCCCCUGGGACAUGCAGAGCAAUCUCGUUAGCCUGUUAGCCUUGUUAGUGGGCGUCGCAAUUGCGGUUGUGUUUGAAGAGAGAACGUAGUGCUCAGAUGGAGACUACUGAAGCUCCUUCCCACCCUUGUACAACAAACCGCGUAUGUCGGAGUGUCUGCCGCCCGCGCCGAUGGUUCCCGAAACAACGUUUGGACACACCAUCUCUCCUUCAGGGAUGGUGCUGACUACUGACACGCCCUCAGACAACGGAACACAUUGCCCAUCCAUCGAUGACUUCCGCAACCAAGUGUACUCCACUGCCUACUCCAUCAUCACCGUUUUUGGCCUGGUGGGCAACGGUUUUGCCCUGUUUGUCCUCCUGCGGACGUUCCGCCAGCGCUCUGCGUUUCACAUCUACAUGCUGAACCUGGCCCUGUCGGACCUGUUCUGCGUGAGCGUGCUGCCACUGCGUGUCAUCUACUACGUCAACAAAGGCCAGUGGAAUCACGGCGACUUCCUGUGCCGCAUCAGCUCCUACACGCUCUACGUUAACCUCUACUGCAGCGUCUUCUUCAUGACGGCCAUGAGCGUCACGCGCUUCCUCGCCAUCGUCUAUCCCGUGCAGAACCUCAGGCUGGUGACAGAACGCAAGGCACGCAUCGUCUGCAUCUGUAUCUGGGUGUUCAUCUGUACUACCUCCAUGCCGUUCCUAAUGCAGGGCCAGCACGUGGAUCCCAUAACCAACAAAACCAAGUGCUUCGAGCCGCCAGAGCGCGGUGGCAACCAGGGCCUACCAGAGCACGGUGGCAACCAGACACUACCAGAGCGCAGUGGCAACCAGGGCCUGAGCAAACUGAUGGCUCUCAACUACUUCUCCCUGGUGGUGGGCUUCAUCAUACCCUUCCUGGUGAUCAUGCUGUGCUACGCGGGCAUUACAAGGGCGCUUCUGGGUCGAACCAAUGUCUCGCAGCAGAAACAGCGUGCCACGCGCAUCAAGGCCAUCCGCAUGAUCAUCAUCGUCACGGUGACGUUCCUGGUCAGCUUCAUGCCCUACCACAUCCAGCGCACGCUGCACCUGCACUUCAUGAGCCGCCGCGACAUCAAAUGUGAUGAGCUUAUCACCAUGCAGAAGUCCGUGGUCGUCACCCUCUGCCUGGCCGCCUCCAACUCCUGCUUUGACCCACUGCUCUACUUCUUCUCCGGGGAGAACUUCCGCCACCGUCUCUCCACGUUCCGCAGGCCAUCCGCCGCCAUCCAUAGUGGCCCGCGGAGGGCUACUCCAUCCAGCAUCCUCCAGCCUCUGGAGGAGAACGACCAGCAGGCCUGCAACGGGCCCAGCCAGGUUACGUAAAAAUGUCAGAGGCCACAGCGGCAGGUUAACAAGCUAUGAGAGAAGGGAAGGAUUGCGAGAGAGAGAGAGAGAGAGAGAGAGAGAGAGAGGCAGAGUGUAUGAGAAUGACAUUGAGGUAAUUAGGAGUGUUGUCUGUCUCAGAAUGUUUAGAGCAUGAUAAAGUGUCAUUAUGAUAUCCCAGUGUCACUGUUGAAAGGCAACAGCACUGGGAAAGACUUCUAAAGGAAAGCAGGGCAGGCUUCUAAAGGCUUCUCUGACCAUUAAUGAAUAUCGGGCACUCGGGUGCCAAUGCUAUCUAAAGAAAAAAAGGGAGGGUUAGGGACAUGCAAGUCAAUGAGAAUGCAAGAGAGAGAGUUUUCGUCUGAGGUGGAGAGAGGAUGAUGAGGAUGGUCUGGAAGUGAGGAAAUCCAAAAGUAAAGGAUAGGGAUCCCCUCCCAAUUUUGAAGGGCUUACCUUAAAUAACCCAUAUUCUUGCCUGUAACAAAUAAAUGCAAAGAUCUGUGCAAACUGCUGAUUGCUUUUACUCAUCAUAUCAGUAUCCAAGUUAAUUUGAAAUGUCCAUGAAACACUUUACUGUAGUCUGCCAUAUUUAAACAUCUCAACUUUUUAGUCUGUGAAUGUCUGUUUCUCCAGUACGGUCUUGUGGUGUAAUUGUGAACCAGCUUUUGGUUAUUUGUUUUUGUGUUAAAUUGUGUAUAUAAGCUGUAGUAUUGUAGGAAGGAUGCCGUAGCCAUUUAUUAAUUCAUGUGAAAUUAAAAAGACAAUCCCUUACAGGUGUUGCAUCGCUUUUCUGAUUACAACUGGUGCUUAUGCUAUUAAAUGCAUUACCAUAGCCA